GGAUGGGUCAAUUUUGUACAAUGCUAAUAUUUUUUUUUUUUUUGGUUUUGAAAGUAACUAAUACUUCGGGUUUUUUUUUUUUUUUUUUUUUUUUUUUUGUAUUUAGAGAGGGUGUUGGAGAAUCGAUCCCAAAAUCUCUUGAAAUUGGGAGGGGAGAUCUAACCACUUGAGCUAUUUCGUAGAUGUAAUUCACAUUGACCAACAAAACUAAUUUAGAGAUUGUCAAUAGACAUAAGAAUAACAUUACAAAGUUAAUCAUAGGUCGUAUGUGAGAAAUUUUUCAUAAUUAGUACCCAAAUCAGUAAAUGACUAGGGUUGAUGUCAAAAAAUUAAACCAACGUUUUUACGGAAAGAGUCGUAAAAUAAGUUUAUGUGGCCAAAGAAAGCAAGAAAUAAGACCCUCAAAACACAAGAUAAAAUAUAAUCAAUUGAAAUCCUAAAUGCGGUGGUCAUACUUACUCAACUCAUUCUCUCUCCUCCACAAACACACCCUCCUCAACACUACAACACCACCUUCAACUUUCUCUCUCCUCCAAACCCACCCCAUGUCAACACAACCCAAACCCGAACCCGUUUCCCCUUCCACCACCAAAGUGGGCUGGAUCGGAACCGGCGUAAUGGGCCGAUCCAUGUGCGCCCACAUCCUCAAAGCGGGCUACAAACUCACCGUCUUCAACCGAACCAUCUCCAAAGCCCAACCUUUACAGGACCAAGGGGCCCACUUAGCCACCUCCCCCGCCGAAGUCGCCGCUCAAUCCGACGUCGUUUUCACCAUCGUCGGCUUCCCUUCCGACGUCAAAUCCGUCACCUCCGACGUCCUCUCUCUCCUACGACCAGGCGGUGUCCUCGUUGACAUGACAACCUCCGACCCCACUCUCGCCGUCGAAAUCUCCUCUUCCGCCAUCGCUAAAUCUUGCUCCUCCGUCGACGCUCCAGUCUCCGGCGGCGACCGUGGCGCACGCGCCGGAACUCUCUCCAUCUUCGCCGGAGGCGACCCAGAAAUCGUCGACUCUCUCUCUCCUCUUUUCUCUCUCAUGGGGUCAACAUACUACAUGGGUGGGCCCGGAAAAGGGCAAUCGGCGAAGUUAGCGAACCAGAUUACGAUUGCGUCAACAAUGGUGGGAUUGAUCGAAGGGAUGAUUUACGCGCAUAAGGCGAAGCUGGAUUUACCGUUGUUCUUGGAGGCGAUAUCGAAAGGCGCGGCUGGUUCGAAGAGUCUGGAAUUGUAUGGUGGGAGGAUUUUGAAGAGGGAUUUUGAAGCUGGGUUUUAUGUUGAUCAUUUUGUUAAGGAUUUAGGGAUUUGUGUUAAAGAGUGUGAGAAAAUGGGGAUUAGUUUGCCUGGGUUAGGGUUAGCUCAUCAAUUGUAUUUGUCACUUAAGGCUCAUGGGGAAGGUGGGUUGGGUACUCAGGCUCUUGUUUUGGCUCUUGAGCGGCUUAAUAAUGUGUCGUUGGACUCGAGUUCGGGUUUGGGGUCUGGGUCGAGUAAUUAGAGAGGUUCGAUGUAAUUAGAAUGCACCCGUGCUUUGAGGUGUGGUGAAUAAUGGCUGUAUGUAAUUAAUAAUUAUGUAUGGAUGAAUUGGUGUUAUGCAAUGCAAUCACAUUUGGGUUUGUUUUUUAAUUUGCAA